AUGCCACCGAAAACACUUUACUUCGUGCGUCACGCCCAAGGAGAACAUAAUGCACAGCAUGAUGACAGUAUCCCCGAUGCUAUCUUGACCGAACUCGGGAAGUCACAGUGCCGCGAGCUUGGCUACUCAUUCUCCAACCACGACUCUAUUGCAUUGAUUGUGUCCUCGCCUCUUCGCAGAGCACUUCAGACUGCUGUACAUGCUUUUGCACCUGCUUUGCACAGAGAUGAUGUCAAGUUCCUGUUGCAGCCAAUGGCUCAGGAGAUGAACGCAUUUGCCUGCGAUAUCGGGACCGACAGAGACGAGUUGGAAAGACAAGUCCACAAGGGUGAACUCUGGGACGCAGAGAUCGGCGUGCCCAGUGAGAAAGUCGACUUUGAAGCAGUCGAGGAAGGUUGGAACAGCAAGGAAGGCAAGUGGGCUCCAGACAGAGCGACGGUGCAGAAACGUGCUGCAAAGCUACGUUCAUGGCUGUACAAUCGCAAAGAGGAAAGCGUAAUUGUGGUCUCGCAUGGAGGUUUCUUGCAUGCCUUGACAGAGGAUUGGGGUGGCUUCAAUGCUGGUAUGGGCACCGGAUGGAAGAAUUGCGAGAUCAGAGAGUUCGUGUUUACCGACAAGUCAACGUCCAGCAGUGCGCAUGUCGUCCAGAGAGCGACACUGUCAUUGAGAUCUGGCGAGGGAGAGAAGGAGCCAGAAGUCGUGAGGGAGGUCGAGGAAGCGGGCUUGACACAAGCAUAG